AUGGUUUUAUUAUUCUUAGUUGAGGAAAAUGUUUGUUUAUCUUUUUUGAAUUUUGCACGGAUUCAAUUCCAACGUGGCCAGUGUAAGUAUUCGCGCCUUCAAUUGCGCGUGUGUCCCCACUCAUUCACGCAGUCAGGUCAUAUACUAAUGUCGGAAAGGUCAUGGAACUCAAUAAAACAAGAGGACUGUAAAAUUGAGGUUGGAACAGUUGAUGUGAUAAAGCCCAAAAGUCCAACUGAGGCGAAAGAAAAGAACCAAGUGGGAAAGUCUGUGGUAGUUCCAAGAACUUUCUCUUCUCUCCGCUCGCUCUGUGGGGUACAAGGAAGGAGUGUGGCAGGUGAACUGCUGCACAUAUGCGCAAAGUUUUAUAUGGAAAAAGAUCAUUCAGCCAGUACUAGAUUACUUAGUAGAAUUUUCUAUUUUAUUGAUAAUAGUGUCCACAAGUUUUUUUAACUUCCUCAUAUGGUCCUGUUUUAAUAUGUUGACUGACCUUGUUUAUGUAUUCUGAUUUGUCCAUGACUACUGUUGUUGUAUUUCCCUUGUCCAAUUUUGUGAUCACUAUGCUAUUUUGUCGUUUCUCAAGCAUUUAGAGCUGCUAUUUCGUUUUGUAAUACAUUGCUUUUUCCUUUCUUCUGAAGUUUUUAGUGUCAAGCCACAUUGUGCUCUGACUUGUUCCGCAGAAGUUUUGUCUAUUUCACACAUAUUGCUGCUUCUAUAGGGGGAAUAAUGUCUUCAGAUUUUAAUCUGUUGACAGCCACGUUUUUAAUCGUGCUCCACCUUG